AAGGUGAGGGCAGGGCAGAAACGGGCAGGCAAAGCGAGCAAGGGAGGGAAGGCAGGAUAGGCAGGCGGGGAGAGCAGGUAGAGAGAGCAGGAAGGGAGGGCAGGUGGGAGCAGACGGAGCGAUGCAGACAGGUAGGCAGGGAGGGCAGUGCAGGCAGGGAGGGCAGUGCAGGCAGGGCAAUGCAGGGAGGGCAAGCAGUGCAGGCUGAAGAGUAGGGCAGAGAGGGUAGCGCAGAAAGGACCCGUUGCCCACAUGGGAGCAUCUCCCGCCGGCAGACGCCCCGAGCUGGGUGAAGAAGUAAGGGGGGAACCCGGGAGAAAGAAAGAGGAGCGGCCGGGCCGGACUCUGCCGGCCGACCAUCGCCCACCCACCCCCGCCCCGUGCUCGCGGCCGGGCCGGGAGCCCCGCGAAGCCCCCGCGGAGCCCCCCGCAGCCUCCCGCGCCGCGCGGGGCCGGCCCCGCAGCCGGACAAACAAUGUGAGACUUGGCGGAACAAAAGCGGCGGGGCUUGGGUUGCUGAACACGUCUGAGGCCAGACGAGCCGCGCGAUUUAUUGGACUCGGAGAGCCCCGGCCCCGGCUCCGGGUCCAGUCGCUGCCUCCCCCCCGGCCGGCCCCCAGCCCCGCUCUGCCCACGGGGGAGAAGCCGCUCGCGUGGGGAGCGCGGCCCAGCCCGAGGUCCGUUCUGCCGCAGCUCCGGGGGGUGCCCGUGACACCAGCCCAUUGGAAUAGUCGUAAUUCCUGCAAUCCCAACAUUUGGUGAGCAGGUGAGGCCACGCACUCAGAAUUUUCCUGUUCCUGUUCCCAGCACAGGAGGCCGUUGUGUUUUUGGGGCUGGGAUUGGGCAUGGGGGUUUUCCCAGAGGUUUGGAGGAGCAGGGCAGCGAUCCCACGCCGAUGCUGUGGAUGUUCCCAAUACCCUCUGAGCAUCCCGAGGUGCCAGGUGGGUCACGGGGAUGGGGAUGGGGGGCCUGUGCCACCUCUGCCAUCCUUCUGCUCCUCUCUCCCUCCCUGGAGGGCAACAGGCUCAUCAAGCACCGGGGGAAACCAUAAUUUAAUUUUUUUCCUCACUGAAAAAAGCAGGUGAAAAAAAAGAAGAAUGGGAUUUUGGUGCGUUUCGUGACUUUGUUUCCAGUGGAUGAAGGGUCAGUGGCUCCGUGCCCGCCCUGGUGAGCGGGUUGGGUGUGAACAGCAGAACCCUCGUGGCUGCCAGAACCUUUCCCCGCACCACAGGGAAGGUUUCACCUUCUGCUGAGAGCGGCCUGCUUAUCCCUUCCCUGCCUUUCCUUGCCUUUUCCUUUUUCUAAUUAAUAUUUUUUUAUAAUUUUCUGUGCUUUUUUAAAUUUCCCUUUUCUUUUUUUAAUUUCCCCUUUUCAAUUUUUAAAUUUCCCCAUUUCAAUUUUUAAAUUUUCCCUUUUCCAUUUUCUUUAUUUCCCUUUUCGAUUUUUUAUUUUCCUUCGACAUUUUUUUUAUUUUCCUUUCUAUUUUUUUCUUCUUUAAUUUUUCUUUAAUUUUAUUUUUUUCCUGGUUUUGCCCUUUCUUUUAUUUUCGGUUUCCUUUUUUGGUUUUGUUUUGUUUUGUUUUCUACUCAUAUCCAUUUUUUUCCCUUAAUUCUGCAUUUAAGCCUGCUUUGUCUUGUCUCCUGCCAGAACAUUUAUCGAAGGGCAGCCGCUCCCACGCCAGUGGGGUUUUUCUGUUGUUGUUGGUAUUUUCCUGGUGCUUUGUUCCACCCAAGGCUCCUCCCCAGGGCCCACGGUGCCCACCGAGGGCUGCGGAUCGGGGUGCCUGGGAUGCAUUGGGAAACACAAAGCCCCAAGGAAGACACGAGGCUCUUGUUAUCCCGGCCGCGCGCGAAAGAGUUAAUCCAUUAGAAAUUCCGAGCCCUUCUUCCGAUAGUUAAACCUGAUUUGCAUGCAUUUGCAUAAUGAAUGUCAUUUGCAUUCUUGGAGGUUGGCUACUUCUGUGGGAAAAGUCAAAGCGGGAUUGCGGGGAGGGCGAAGGGGGGUCGGCGAAGAAAGAAGGGAAGAUUUUUUUUUCCCCGCACCCCACGCGCAUCCCUGCCCCUCGCCGGCCUCGCCCAAAUGCUCCUUUUCCCCCCUUUCUUUCCCCCCAUUUUUCCCCCUCGAUGCCUUCCUGCCUCUCUUUCCGCAGGACGCACAAAGCCAAGCGAGGGGCGGAUGGGCCGUGUCGAGGCGAAGCGCAUCCUUUCCCGCUUCCCCCCCUUUUCCCCUCCUCUAAUUUCUCCCUCUAAUUCCAUCUUGGCUCCCGUUCCCGGCGCCCUCUCGCGCGGGGGGCUGCGGCCCCUCUCCCUCCCCUCCCUGCGGGUGCAUGCGUGCUGGAACGGUGGCAGGAAAGGGGAAUAAAAAAAGGUGGGAGCCACCAUUUUAGGCGGCU